GUUGCUGCACUACAUGUGACAAAGGGGGCACAGGCGCGCAUCUUAAAAUCAGGCGGCGAGAUCCUCACGUUCGAUCAGUUGGCUUUGCGAGCACCGCGCGGUGAAAAUACGGUUCUUUUGCAAGGGCCACGAAAGCAUCGUUUGGCUGAGAAACAUUUCGGACCGGCUCCGGGUGUACCGCAUAGUCACGCUCGGCCUCUUGUUCGUUCGAAAGGAAGAAAGUUCGAGCGUGCACGUGGACGUAGAAAGUCGCGCGGUUACAAGAAUUAA